CGCACGGAGCGCCCGCCCGCCCUGGCGCCGGCUGCCUGCCCCUCCCGCGCUUCCCCCGGGCUGCUCUGAGCAUCCCUCCGCCCCUCUUGCAUUUGUCUUAAUUCUUCUCAGAGACAAGAUGGCAACGCCGGCGGCGGUAAACCCUCCCGAAAUGGCAUCAGAUAUUCCUGGCUCGGUGGCCUUGCCAGUGGCUCCCAUGGCGAGUGGACAAGUGAGGAUGGCAGGAUCCAUGCCUUCCAGAGGAGGAAAGCGUCGCUCUGGAAUGGACUUUGAUGAUGAAGAUGGGGAGGGGCCCAGCAAAUUUUCAAGGUAUGAUGGUGAUCAAAUCACUGGUGAUAAGGAAAAGUUUGCAAGGGAGAAUCACAGUGAGAUUGAGAGGCGCAGGAGAAAUAAGAUGACCCAGUACAUCACCGAGCUGUCGGACAUGGUGCCCACGUGCAGCGCCCUGGCUCGAAAGCCCGACAAGCUGACCAUUCUUCGCAUGGCUGUUUCCCACAUGAAGUCCAUGAGGGGCACUGGAAACAAAUCUACUGAUGGAGCUUACAAGCCUUCCUUUCUUACAGAACAGGAACUGAAACACCUUAUCCUGGAGGCUGCAGAUGGGUUCCUGUUUGUAGUUGCAGCUGAGACGGGGAGAGUGAUCUACGUGUCAGACUCUGUGACUCCUGUGCUGAACCAGCCCCAGUCAGAGUGGUUUGGCAGCACUUUGUACGAGCAGGUUCAUCCAGAUGAUGUGGAAAAGCUGCGAGAGCAACUGUGUACAUCUGAAAACUCCAUGACAGGACGAAUCCUGGACUUGAAGACGGGGACAGUAAAGAAAGAAGGCCAGCAGUCCUCCAUGAGAAUGUGCAUGGGAUCCAGGCGCUCCUUCAUUUGCAGGAUGAGGUGUGGAAAUGCUCCUCUGGAUCAUUUACCUCUGAACAGAAUAACUACCAUGAGAAAAAGAUACAGGAAUGGUCUGGGCCCUGUGAAGGAAGGUGAAGCACAAUAUGCUGUUGUCCACUGCACUGGCUAUAUCAAGGCUUGGCCACCAGCAGGAAUGACUAUACCAGAAGAAGAUGCUGAUGUGGGACAAGGUAGUAAAUACUGCCUCGUGGCAAUAGGAAGGCUUCAGGUGACCAGCUCUCCUGUGUGCAUGGACAUGAACGGCAUGUCGGUGCCCACGGAGUUCCUGUCCCGCCACAACUCGGAUGGAGUCAUCACCUUUGUGGACCCAAGGUGCAUCAGCGUCAUUGGCUACCAGCCCCAGGAUCUUCUGGGGAAAGAUAUUUUAGAGUUCUGCCAUCCUGAAGACCAAAGCCAUUUGCGAGAGAGUUUCCAACAGGUGGUGAAACUGAAAGGUCAAGUCCUGUCUGUGAUGUAUCGGUUUCGCACCAAAAACCGGGAGUGGAUGCUGAUCAGGACCAGCAGCUUCACGUUUCAGAACCCUUAUUCUGAUGAGAUUGAAUACAUCAUCUGCACCAACACUAAUGUCAAACAACUUCAGCAACAGCAAGCAGAGCUCGAAGUACAUCAAAGAGAUGGGCUGUCAUCCUAUGACUUAUCUCAGGUGCCUGUUCCAAGUAUACCAGCUAAUGUUCAUGAGGGUGGAAAGUCUGUGGAAAAGCCUGAUGCUAUCUUCUCCCAAGAGAGAGAUCCUAGAUUUGCUGAGAUGUUUGCUGGAAUAACUGCUUCAGAUAAAAAAAUGAUGGCCUCUGCAUCCACAGCAGGGAACCAGCAGCUUUACUCACAGGGAAGCCCAUUUCAGCCAGGACACUCGGGAAAGACUUUCAGUUCAUCUGUGGUGCAUGUGCCUGGUGUCAACGACAUCCAGUCUUCGUCCUCGACGGGCCAGAACCUGACCCAGAUAUCCCGGCAGCUCAACCAGAGCCAGGUGGCCUGGACGGGAAAUCGCCCACCGUUUCCAGGACAGCAAAUUCCAUCUCAGUCUGGCAAGGCUCAGUCAUCUCCCUUUGGCAUUGGAACAAGUCACACCUACCCAGCUGACCCAUCAUCUUACAGCCCUCUGUCCAGCCCAGCCACCUCUUCUCCAAGUGGGAAUGCCUACUCCAGCUUGGCAAACCGAAGUGCAGGCUUUGCUGAAGGCGGCCAGAGCAGCGGGCAGUUCCAGGGCCGGCCGUCCGAGGUGUGGUCGCAGUGGCAGAGCCAGCACCACAACCAGCAGAGCGGGGACCAGCACUCGCACCCGCAGCCCAACCAGAGCGAGGUGUUCCAGGACAUGCUGCCGAUGCCUGGGGAUCCAACACAGGGUACUGGCAAUUACAACAUUGAAGAUUUUGCUGACCUGGGCAUGUUUCCACCAUUUUCUGAGUAGCUUGUGAAGCAGAAAUGGAAGUUCUUCUUCUCCAAGGCCAUUUCAGUGUGAUUUUGGCGCUGCUUUUUCUGUGUUGCAUUUCUGUAGAAGCUACUAAACCAGAAGACUCAUUUCUCACGUUUCAGAUAGUGGUGUAGAGCUUGCUCUCUCCUCCUUGGGGUGCAUCAGUGCCAGCAGAGGAGCUCCAGCACUUGUUAGUGUUCAUUGACAGCUCCAUUGUUGUUUUUUUUUUUUAUAUUUUAUUGUCAUCUACCUCAGAGAUAAAAAAUUUUGCUUGUUUAAAAAAAAAAUAUCUCUGAGUCUCAAAUAUUUGAAUGUGAAUGAUGCAUAAUAUUUCCUUUGAAUGGUAAUUUUUCAAUAGAUAACAAAGUAACAAAGACUAACAGAGAAAAGGUAAGGUCGUGUCUUGUUACAGUGCCUACCGCUCAAUUUCGAUGCCUUGCUUUAAGCUUAAAUUUCUGAAAGCAGACACAAUAUUCUGUUUUCUUUGAUUCUUGUAGGUUUUAGGUCACUUUAAAUGUUGAGAUUAAGCAACAUAAUGUAGGCCUCUCUCACCCGAAGAUUCAGCUCUGCCUUUUCUAACUUAAACUUGAAUGUGUGUACAUUUUGGUACUUUAUGUAUAUCUUGUGCUGUAUGAAGUGAUUUCCUGUACUGGUUUCUUUUGCCUUUACAAAGGGUCCAUUCUGGAGUGUACUGAAAAGGUUGAUGAUGUAUGUGAAGGAUUUGAAUAUCGUGGGAAUCUCCAUCACUUCACAUAGGUGUUCUUACUUUUAAUUCAGGUGGUUCUCUGUUCAGAACAAACAUUUACUUACAUAAGCUAUUAGUCUGGUUUUGCACUGAAUUGAGGCCUAUAACCUUGUACAUUUCUCACUGGCUGCUUUAAUUAUUAUUGCUCUUGCUUUCCCAAAAAUGUUGCCUCUUAAAAAAUGACUGUAAACACAUCGAGAUUGCAUUUUCUAUAUUAGCUGCAUUUCCUUUCUGUGAAGUACUUUUUAUACUGUGAAACCUCACAUUUUAACAGUGGAAGGUGGUGGCCUGUUACUAGGAAAUUGUUCAAGCUCAUUUGCUGCAAACAGUGAGAUGAUUUUGUAGUGUAUAAUUUUUUUAAAGUGAGUUGGUAAUAGAUAUUGAUUGGACUAUUGUCCACUGCUUACACAGUGAUAACUUGAAUUUUGGCUUGGAUUCCCAAGCAAGUGCUUCUGUUAACCCUGUUCUGUUAAAAAUGGGAUUUUCAGCAUGCCAGGUUUGUUGAGGACUCUUGACUGCUCUGAAUGCUGUAUGCUUUUCCACGGAGGUGAGUUAAUCACCUUCCUCUUGGGCGAGUCACCUGCCAUGUGUCUUCAUGAGAGAUGUGGUAGGAAUCUUUUUGUUCAGUAUUUCACAUGCAUGAUGAGUUACAGAGGUUGGAUUGUGAGGAUUUUAUCCUGAUCAUUUCUUCCGGGAUGAGAGGAGAAAGAAUUACUCACAAAGCUCCAGGUUCCUGCAUGCAGGUUGUUCAUACCAUUCGAGGUUGGGUGCAGAGGAGGAAGGAUCAGCUUCUCUCAGCUUUUGGACCUUCAGGGGCUGUCAUGGACCUGGGGAAAGCAGCCCCAGGGCAGAGACCCCAUCCAGAAGAUCUGUGUGUGCAGUGAUUCUUAGACUUCACAAGAUUAAACUCUGCCUUCUCAUGGCCCCUGUGGAAUUCUGGGGUGUCUCUGAGUGGGUGCACAUCACCACAAUCCGUAUUUUUGGUUCAGGUGAGCAUGGCCCAGGGACAGGGCUGGCACAGAUGGGGCUGUGCCCAUCUGACACUGCUGUCCCAGCCUUCUCCCAGAUCAGCAUGUCAUGUUCAGUAGCCAGGAAGAGUCCUCCUUACUAUUUAUCUCACUAAAUCUGGGACCAAUCUCUUACCCUAUGUGCAAGUGGGGCUAGGGAAUCUUUUUUUUUAGGACAGUUUUGUAUAUCUCUAGAUGAGGUACUGGAGAGGCCUCGGAUCUCCUGGUCUGCACUUGCCUCACCAAAUCACACUGAAUACAAACAAAAAUCUCCCUAUCUCUUCUCCCCCAGAGAUGAGGAAAAUACCAUCUGAGGUGAGCAAGCCAUGUGCUUAUGCACUUUGCUUUUAAAUCCAUGGAUUUAUUCUCUUGGAGCCAUCCCCCUUUCCCCUCACGCUGCUCAUGGAACUGGAGAGGCAGAGCUCUGCUGUGAAGUUCACUGGUGUCUCUAAGUGGUGCCUGGGUGCUGCACCAGUGAGGUGCUCAGUGUCUGUGCAGGGUUUGAAAGGGGCUGUUCAUGAGGAAGGGAACAGUAGGUGAGCAGUUUGUGUCUCCCCACAGAAGAUGCUUGACAUGAUAAACGUCAGUUCUGAAAUUUUUAUAAAUUUUUCCGUGAAGUGAAUAAUGAAUUCAGCUAAAAAGUGCUGUUCCUGUGUUUUAUUUUACCCAACAAACUGCUCUGAGUAUAUUUAUAGUUUUACUUCCUGAAUUCAAUUUAAAAAUAAGGUUUUUAAAGCCAUUUUCUUUCUCCUGACAUCAGCAAUGAUAACUUCCUCAGUGUGUUGUGGGUUUUUUACUACUGAAGAAGGCUUCCCGUGUACAGAUUUUGGUUAUGCAGUUCAGAGUGCACUGUUAGAAGAAAUUUAAGCACAUCUUUUUUUUCUUGUUGUUUUUUCGAAAUCAGUAUGCCUGAGGGAUCAGAGCAUGGACUGCUUCUCACCCUGUGGGCUCCUCUGCCUUCCUGGCUGGAAGGUGGCUGCUCUGUUCAGGGCGGCGUGGACAGUGCCAGGUUUGGGUUUGGGUUUUCCCUGUCAGCCUCUCUGUUGUGCCAUCCCGAGGCAGCCCUUUACUCUUGGCAUUUCCACCCUUGCCCUGCUCCUCUGCCAUUCCUGGCCACCCCAUCUCCCCAGCCCGGGUGGAGGCGUUGGGCUGCCAUUCCCAGCCGGCGAGGAGGGAGCAAUUCACAGUUUUGGCAGCUUUGUGCUUCUGAGGCAGCAGGAGAGGCUUUGCUGUGCUGCUGCCCUGGUCCUGCCUGCUCCUCCCAGCCAGCCUCCCCGGGUGCUGUGGCUGACAGAGCUGUGUAGCCUUGGCUGUGCUGUAUCUUGUGUUUCCCUGCUACAGCGACGUGGCUUAUCCUGUAGCUGCAGCUGCAAGGUGCAUUGGGAAUGCUGAUGUUUUUAUUAUGUGCUGUCGGUGUAGCUUUGUUGGCACUUUGGCUUCCAAUUUCCAGAAUUUCAUAGGUGGUGGAUUUCUCAUUUCUUCUGUGGAUUUUUUCUAAGCUGGAAAUAAAGCUGUGAUUUCUGCUUGAACUGUUGCAAACACAGUGUUUCUUGAAUUGGAAUCUUUUGGGGUUUAAACUCAUGGAGCAAGAAACUGCAAAUAGUGAUGGUGUGGGUGAGUUAUUUCAAGGAGCAGACAUGUAGACUGAGACAGUUUUAGAUACUAAAAUAUUUAUAUUCAUUUAUUCAGGUGAACAAUCCAAGACUCCAUCACAUUACUUGUGCAAGUGCUACUGGCAGUACCUACAGUGAUGCUUUAACCAGAUAGUUCCAUUUGUAGCUUUGUUGCCUUUUCUUUUCUUUUGAAGUACAGUAUGAAACUGUAAAUACUUCUUGCAGAACUGCCUUUUUAACUCUUAAUUACUUUUGGCACAGUGUUAAAUAGUGUUGGAUUUACCCAAUUGCUAUGACAUAUAUUUUUAUACAUAGGUGUACUCUUUUUUCAAGAAUAAUACAGCCAUUUUGUCAUUAAUGCCUUAUGGGUGUCAUACUGCUGUUGCUCUUUGUUUGCAAGGUAUCGAGUGGACUAAUUUCUAGUUCAGAUAUUUUCACUUUUCCUGGCAGUGCUCAAGUUUGGCUUCAGGUGAUUUUUGCCAGAGCCCCAUUUUUCACAGUUGUUAACUGUGAGAAGAGGAGAAUGUGGGCUUGGGCUUGUUGCUGUUAAUGGAGCAAAGAAAAGGUGAUGGCAUCUAAUUGUCUUUAAAAGGUCAGACUUCUCCUACUCUAAACCAGAGUGCAUUUCAUGAAACUGAUGGCUGUGGGCACUGAUUACUUUGUGUAGAUUAAUGGUCUUUAAAAAAGAAAGGGAAAGGGGGAAAAAGGAAACAACUCCAAAAAUGGGCUUCUGUCAUUGUUAGGCACUUGGUUACGUAUCUGUUUAAACUCUUCAUAUUGAUGUGAAAUUGUGCUGUGGAUAAAGUGUAUUUUGUACUUCUGAAUGUUCUAUAUUUAUGACUAACAAGUACAGAAUCAGUUGUGUGUAUGUAUAACUAAUAACUGCCUUUUUAAAUUUCAUUAAAAUAAAAAUGUCAUGAGCUGUUGUUAA